AUGAGCGACAGCACUCACCCCCAAGCACGCCAGAGUGGGACCAAACAAUACACCCGAUCGGUCUACCACACAAAGACCAUGGGGACCUCAGACCACCCUGUCAACCACACCAACCCCCGAGCACCAGCCCACAACAGCGAGACUCACCGGAGUGGUGAACAACACACACGGGCCUCAGGAAGGAACCAGCGAGAAACAAAGUCCAGCCACUCGGGCGCAGGCACCGGACUCAUGCUGCUCGAGCGCUAA